AUGAAAAUGUGUUGGUCUACUGGUUUUCAUAUUCUUAUCUUAACCUACUUUGAUAGGCUAGUUUAUAUCUGCUUAAGAACGCAUUUCACAUAAACAAAUCAGAUCAUUUUGAUUGUUUCUUUGCAUGAUUAUACACCAAACUCAUAAUUUAUGUUCAUGGAUAGACUUGAUAGACAUUGAUAAACGUUUAAAACUAAUUAUGAAUACAUCAUCCAUUCUGUGCAGACAUUGCCUCACAUUGAUAUCUUUAAAGGUUCAGUCAGUGAGAGUUGUUGUCUUGGACAUGACGAACACAAUUGUAGUCUUAUACCAUUUAUAUUUUCGAAGACUAAAGUAAAAGAAUAAAACAAUGUACAUUUUUUAUUUGGCAAGCAGUUUGGAAGGAACUUUUGCUGUGUAAUAUUCUAAACAGGAGAAUAAUGCAUUGACUAAGAAGAAUCACAUCCAGAUGUCUUUAAAAAUAUGAUUAAUCCUACAAAAAUGACCAUGAAAGAGAUUGUGUGGUAAAGCAGCAUUGAUUGCAUUACAAUGUGUUCAGUCCUGCAGCAGUGGUCUUCAUCUGAGCUCCAGUCUGGCAGACUGAAGCUUGCGCUGAGAGAGAGAAAAAAACGGACUCUCCGUGAAGCACCCAAUGGCCAGCCAAAUAACCCAAAGGAAAUAAAUGGUGAAGUUCGAUGCUUCUUUGUUAACGCCAAGCAGAAGUCGCAAAGAUGGUCGUUCACGGCAGUCUGCGAAGAGAAGAAUACGUCGCCGGGCUGAUUGUGCUGUCGGUGGCGGCGUUUGGGCUCUUCGUGCAUGAAGUCUCAGCUUUUCCUGUCUGGAGAUUUGAGGAAGAAGCUCUCAUGUCUGGUGUUUUAAUCAUUGGUAUUUGUAAAGACGCCCGCUCCCAUGUGCUUCACCUUUCAAGAAACAAACGCUACACGCUAACUCCAGAGAAACUCAAAUGGGACAAGUUCAAGCUGACCUACAAACUCUUGUCAUUUCCAAGGAAUCUUAUGAACGCCAGUGACACUCGGAGAGGCAUAGACAAAGCUUUCUCCAUGUGGAGCGAUGUCUCGCCCUUCAGUUUCCGUGAAGUCCCUGCUGAUCAAGAGGCAGACAUCAAAAUUGGUUUCUACUCUGUAAACCACACCGAUUGUCUCCAGUCGUACCUGCACCACUGCUUCGACGGUAUCACCGGUGAACUAGCCCACGCCUUCUUUCCACAGACUGGAGAGAUCCACUUUGACGAUGAUGAGUACUGGAUUCUGGGAAACAUGCGCUUCAGCUGGAGUAAAGGAGUGUGGCUGACGGAUCUUGUUCACGUGGCAGCUCAUGAGAUCGGUCACGUACUGGGUUUAAUGCAUUCCCAGAACCCCAAAGCAUUAAUGCAUCUCAACGCCACACUGACAGGACGUAAACUCAUCACUCAGGAUGAAGUCUGGGGCAUACACAGACUCUACGGAUGUUUGGAUCGACUGUUUAUCUGUCCUGCCUGGGCAAGAAAGGGUUUUUGCGAGAGCAAGAGGAGGUUAAUGCAGAAACACUGCCCUUCCAGCUGUGACUUCUGUUAUGAAUUCCCAUUUCCCACUGUCCCACCAACUGCAGCCCCUCCACGAACUAAACAUAAGUUUGUUGCGGAGGGAAGGAAUCUCACCUUCCGCUGUGGUAAGAAGAUAGCAGCCAAGAAAGGCAAAAUCUAUUGGUAUAAGGAUGGCGAGCUUCUGGAAUCUUCUCACCCGGGCUACACUUCCUUGAAGGACGACCACAUUACUAUUGUUGCAAACGCCAUCAAUGAGGGCACAUACACCUGCAUUGUGAGGAAGAAGAACAAGGUGCUGACCACGUACUCUUGGAGAGUACGAGUGCGUUUCUGAGGGCUGGAAAUUCCCUCAGAUGAUAUAACCAAAACAUUCAAAUGGGUAAAAGCAGACCCGAACCGGCCUCCCCUGACCCUGUGUCCUUAUUGGAAUAGCACUAAUCUCAGGAUACCUUCAGUGUUGAAGAAUCACAACUGUAGUGAUCAGGGUAGAAGAAAUAACUCACCAAAACUGAAAAUUCGGUCAUUUACUCACUCUGUCAGUUCCAACAUAAUCCACUCUAAAAAUUGUUGGGUUAUUUCAACCCAUCGUUGGGUUAAAAAGCAGACAAACCAAACUCCUGGGUUGAAUUAACUCAAAGAAUGUUUAUAUUUGACCCAACAACGGGUUAAUAACCCAGCAUAGGUUAAUUUAUAACCCAACGGUUGGGUUUGUCCAUUUUUGACCCAACGUUUGGUUGAAAUAUCCCAACAUUUCUUUAGUGUAUGACUCUUUCUGGACAACAUAAAUGGUGAUUUUUAUGAUGAUGUAUUUUUCCAUAUAAUGAAGUUGAACCAAUAAGAUCAUGAUAAGAUUACAACAAUAGGUCUGUUUGUGGGCCCAAAUGAAAUUAUGUACGUGUAUACAGAUCACGAAUGAAACAUUGGAGACAUUAAUAAAUUCAAAUGUAAUGACAAUGAGUAAAGGAUGACUAAAUAUUCAUUUUUGAGUGAACUGUCACUUAAGUUCACCACUGAAAAAAGAAACAUGGAGCACACUUGAGCACAUUCAAACUCAUCAAAAAAACACAGUAUUUUUAAUGUCAGGGUUUUAACAUUGGUGUGUGUUGUAAAUACAUUCCUUAUUUGCUAAUAAAACAAUUUAUUCUGUGA